AAGUACUAAGCAAAAAUUAUAAUACACUAUAAUACAGGUCAGAAAAUAAAUUAAGUACCAAGUGGAUGAAUGUACACAUGCAUAGGGGUAAUAUGUAAAUAACAGUGAGGGAUAGCUAUGAAAACGCUAAGAUAUAUAGCCUACAGUAUAAACAGUAUGGACAGAGAUAAAUUAAUACACUAAGAUAGGCCUAUAUACAGCAUGUGCAGCAGUUACAGUGGGCAUUGCAGACAUAAGUAUAAGUGUAAAUAUAGGCUACAGUGCAGGUAAUGCUAGUAGUAGACAUUAUAUACAGAACAAACAGCUGGAUACGGUGUAUACAAUAUAGAUGGCAUAUAAAUCACUAACAAUUAUCAGAUAUUAUUUGUUUUACCAUUUAUUUAGGCUACCAUACAGUAUUAUUCGAAUUUAAACAUUUGUCUAAUAUAGGCUACAUCCUGGUAAAAUUGACAAUGUAUAUAUUAUUAUACGAUUAUCUCGAAAACGUUAUGUUACAAUACGUUAUCUGGUAAGUGUUCAAUAAGUGUUCAAUAUAAAAUGGAAAUUUAUCUAAUCUCAUACAAGAUUUUUAGUUUUAGGAUACAGAUACACAUAUUUGAUAAAAUAGACAUUAACCAUAAAAUUUUCACAAAAGGAUUAAAUGAAGAGACCGUGUACAAUUAAAUUAAAUUCUGGAUUAUGUUCAUCAACAGGAGGCCACCCUUUUCAGUUUCAGAGAGAAACCAAACAGUAACCUUAUCAACAUUUAUCAUCAUCAAGUUACCUUAUAGGUCUACAUAAAGGAGAUGGAGAAAUGUAUCAAAAAACUAAUAAGGAACUUGAUCCAAAAUAAGACUAUAAGAAGCUUUUGACUCAUCCCAGUCUGACGGUAUCACAGUGUUUGAUGCUCAACUAGACACUUCAGAUGCGCCUGUGUGAGCGCGCUGCGCGUCCUCGCAGCCGUCUGCGUGAACGAGCCUACAUCGUCCGUGACAAUCCCCUUUCAUCUUUCCUCCGAGUGCCAAAACAUAAGCAAGGAUAAAAACACAGAGAAAUAAGAUGUCAGGAAUGAACCAGGUGGUUGCAACAUGCUGGACUUGCCUCCUGAUCACUUCUUUCCUGUGUGAGCCCGCGCUGUCCAAGGGCGGUCGUGGAGGGUCCCGGGGCUCCUCUCGAGGCUCCCCCUCCCGCAGCUCCACUGCGGGGAGUUACCGGGGAGGAGGCGCCUACGGGGGGGCCCGCUCUCGCUUCAGGGUGUCGGGGCGGGCGUCCCCGGUGAGGGUGGCGAGUGCGGCAGCAGCAGGGGCGGCAGUGGCAGUGGCGUUAACAGCGGAUAAAUGGUACGCCUCUGCAUACCGCCGCAGCAAAGCCGACAGCUCAGAUGAAGAGCUGGAUUACUUCAACAGGACCAAUUACUUUGAUGCACAAAUGUCAGGCUCAACUCAAAAUGGAUCUUCUCUCUCUCAACUGGUUUCUAUCAUUAUUGCGACAUUUUCCCCAAAAUAUGGACUUUUACUGGACUGUAUACUGUAGAUGUUCAGGUUAUGCUUGAGGAGCAAUUCCUGAUUCGGUCUAGGACUGAGCUUCUGCCCUGGAUCUGACUAUAAUGUGCAGGAUUGGCUGGAACCUGCACUGGGAGGACCAGUUAAGAGGUGCAACACAGUGAUGGAGGGACAACACAACCACAAAAAAAAAAAACAUCACUGUACUGUAUAUUUUACACAUAUAAUCACCUAUACCAACAGAUAAGUGUACAUUGACAGCACAGUAUUCAGUGUGACAUUUCACCUCUUUGUCAAAUGUCUGUGUGACAGAAACUGGGUCCAAACUCAAGAAUAUUAGUUUCCUUCCCUCAAGCUUGAUUCCUAUCUCCAAUUGAAAAGAAGAUAGAAAAUGUUUUAUCAGAAAAUGUCAAGAGCCUGUAACCAAACCGCUGGCUGCAAAUUUUAAUUGUACUGCCAAAUUCAGUUGUAUCUUAAAAAUCUUUAUUUUCAUAAUGUGCACAAAAAAUGCAAAGUGAAUGACCAGUAUCACUGCUUAGUACAACUGAGGUAAAAUAUCUGUAUGUAUUAGCAGACUUGGGUCUAAAUGUAAAGCCUGGACUUGCUUGAGUUUAUGUACAUCACUGAAGUGCAGGUGACCAGUCAUUCCAUAAAGAGUAAAAGCACCAAGUUGGCACCAGCAAUAUUCUGCCCCCGAAAGUAAAACUGCCACAUGUCUUUUUUU